CAACACCACUCUCUCUCUAAGAAAGUCAGCGCCGCUCCUUCCUCCCCUUCUGCCUUCCAAGACCUCUUCUCUCUUCUCCUCUUCGACGCGGCCGCUUUCGUCCGUGAGAUGGUUAUAUAGCUGGACUCCGAGGGUCACAUCUCGGGCCAAGCGCGAGUUCCAAGGGCACCGGCUUCUUUGUUUGAUUUGGUUUGUUCUCUGCGGGUGGCGAUGGGAUGACGACAACUGGAUCUCCAUGCGGUGGUGCGGAGCUGCAGGUUUACGGGGCCGGCGGCGACGACGGACCCGUUCUCUUCUUUCCCUCCGCCUCGACAUCAAGGUGGAGGGAGGACGGGGCCGCUGGAUGAGGAGAGGGCUGCGGCGGCGGCUUCCCUUUGUGCUUCCGGAUAUGCUGGAGUCCCGGAGCGUGCUCCAGGAGCUGGAGGAGCUCUGCAAGCCCUUCUUCUCCAAAGCGAGCAGCAACCGCAGCGAAGCGGCCCUUCCUCGCCGCCGUUCCUCCGCAUCGCUCGCCGUCACCGGCGCCGGUUCCCUGGUCCCCGCCGUGGGGGCCACCCCAGCAGCAGCACAGCAGGCAGCCCCACCGUCCCCCAUCCCAGACCUCCCGCUCCAAAAGAAGAAAGAACCAGCAGAAGAGGGUGGGUGUGUCAUGUCCCCGCCGACGGCCUCUCCUCCGAUAUGUGGGCCUGGCGGAAUAUGGCCAGAAACCCAUAAAGGGGCUCGCCUUACCCCCGGGGAUACUAUAGGUGCAGCAGUUCCAAGGGAUGCUUGGCCCGGAAGCAGGUGGAACGAAGCCGGACGGACCCGGACAUGUUCGUCAUCACCUACACCGGCCGAGCACAACCACCCGCUGCCCACCCACCGGCAACUCCCUCGGCCGGCAGCACCCGCCAAAAGUUCCCCCCUCCUCCCUCCUCCUCCACCGCCACCCCGCCGCCCGCUGCCGGCGACGGCGAGCACCUCCCUCCCGUCAAUCCAUCCUCAAGUCCACCGUCGUCCUCCACCGCCGCGGGCCUCUCCCCCACCACCCCUCUCACGGCCUCCAUGGAGGAUGAGCUCCUCCGCCGCGAACGCCCGCCCGGCAAGAGGGAGGACGGCGACGAGGUAGACGACGACGAGGAAGAAGAGGAAGAGGGAAUGCUACUGGUUAGAAGACAUGGAAGUGAUGGGCGAGGACAGCUUGCUCCUCAUGGGCUUAGAUGUGCCUUCCGGUGCCCGACCGCCUCGGCUCCCAUCUCCACGGCGCGACGGAGGCCGUCGCCUCCACCUUCUUCGACGAUGAACGGCGACUUGGAGGAGCACUUCUUCCCUCCGCCAUGGCUGUCCACCAGCAACAACAACGCGGGCGGCCGCCGCGGGCGGUAGCUGAUCACAACCCUCUGCUCCUCCUGCCAUCAGACAGCACACACACAGAGAGAGAGAGAAGAGAGAGAGAGUGUGCAAGAGAAGCAUCUGAUCCGUCCGUUUAUAUUUAUCAAUCCCCUACCCAUGCCUAGCGUUUUUUUAGUUUAAUUAAACUACAUACAGAAAAAAGGCCAGAAUUCCAUGAUUUCAUGCUCUCUCUCUCUUUCCUCUCUCUCUGGAGCUAGAACGGGCAAAGCUUGUAAUUUUGUUGACCUUUUUUUCUUUUGGUAAAUUGUUCCUGGUGUAACAUUACUUCUGUGAUGAUUCGGUCGCUCUUGUCCGAUUGCUUUC